UUAAGUGAAGAACAAGAAAUGAUGUUCAGUGACCGCGAAUGUCGAGUAGGCAAGGGUAGCCGACGGGACCGGCGCUGUAGACAGUCAGUGUAGAUAAAGACGUUAAAGAAUGAUAGUCGUAGUCGUAUAAUAAUAAGGAAAUUUGUAAUAAGUCUAAAAUAAAAUAUCAAAAACGUAAAUCAUCGUUUAAUUGAAGUCAAGCUGUGGUUAAACAUCACAUGGUGUCAGGUGUGAAAACGAAUUUCAGAAGAAAUUAAGAAAAGGAAGCAUAUACUAAAAAUGGCCACGCCGUCGUCUCCGUCCACGCCAACACAUAUCCAAAGUAAUCCGAUGUAUGGUUCAAGUUUACCAACAUUAAAUUUCUCAUCAACGAAUCUCGACAAUGAAUGGAAAAAAUGGAAACUGCAUUUUUCAAUUUUUCUGAAGGCAUCAGCACUGGACGAAACAGAAGAAAGCAGGUUCUCAUUCAUCAAGGAAAGACUUCUGGAAUUGGGGGACGUGAAAUUGGAAAAAACAAUUGAAACAGCUCAGAACCUAGAAACAAGUCGACAACAUCUUCAAGAGCUGGAAUCGCAGAGUGUUGUACUACAAGUCAAGUCGCAGCCCAAGAAAACCAACGACAGAAGAGGAAAGAAUUAUGGUCGACCAGGUAGCAGGGUUUCAGAUCAGCAAAGGAACAAAUGUCCAAGAUGUGGUCAGGUACAUCAUCACAAAUGUCCAGCAACAGGUCAAAUUUGCAAAAAGUGUGGUAAACCCAAUCAUUAUGCCAUCAUGUGCAGAUCGGCUCCACAAAGCAAUGGAGGUAACUAUGUAUCAAGGCAUAAUAAUAUAAAGAAUAUUGAAUAUUUGGAAAAUUUGGGAGAAAAUUCUCUUUUUGUUGGUAAAAUUACAAGUAAUCAAAAUGUCAAUUCAUGGGACAUCGUGAUUUUGGUCAAUAAUUGUAAUUUAAAUUGUCAGAUAGAUACUGGUUCCCAAGUUAAUAUCAUGUCUAAAAAUACUUUAAAUUUUCUAAAAUUACCUUUAUCCAGAAUUCAACAGUCGAGUGCACAAUUAAUGUCAUAUUGUGGAAACAAAAUACCAGUCUUAGGAAAAAUCUCUAUUAGUUGUAAAAUACCGUUAGACAAAACAUAUGAAAUUGAUUUUCUAGUAACUGAAUUAAAUCAGAAAACUAUAUUAGGUCUCAAAACGAGUGAAGAAUUAGGUUUAAUAAAGAAACUAUUUACCACUAACGAUAACACUUUGUCAAAUAAUUUUGAUCAGAAUAUUUUAGUCAAAUAUAAUAAAGUCUUUGAAGGAAUUGGCUUAUUACCAGGCGAACACAAAAUAAAUAUUGAACAAAAUGUUGAGGGACACGUAGAUCCACCAAGAAAAAUACCUUUUAAAUUAAAAGAAAGAUUUAAGGCAGAGCUUGAUUUUAUGGUUAGAAAUGGAAUCAUUGAAAAGGUAGAAGAACCUUGCAAACAAUCGAACUCAAGUAGUGUUGAAUUACAAAGACGAAAGCAUGCUGUUGAAGUUGCAAAAAUCAAACAAGCUAUAGAAAUGAAGAAACUAGAAGAUAAAUUACAAUUGUUAGAGCUAGAGCAGAAAGUGUUUGAGACCCAAGUUUCAGAUGACGUGGAAAGAUCUUCGGUUAGAUCAUUGCAUAGUUCCAGAAGUCAAACACAAAAUGUUCCAGACAAUACUCCCAGACGGAAAAUGGAUUUAGUAGAGGAAGCUCCAAGACUGACAAUACCAGAUAAGAGACCCAUGCGUUCUCCAGAACCAUCCGACAUCGAACGAUUAUGCCAUACCAUAAGUGAAGCUGUGAAAUCAGAAAUGAUGAUAAAAUUGCAAAAAUGUUUAAAAGGUGAGGCCAAACUAGCCGUAUCGGGCAUGAUGAUUUCACCUGAUAACGUUGAUUCAGUGCUGAAGAUAUUAGAAAUGAGGUUCGGACGUCCUGAUCUGAUAAUCGAUGGACUUAUAUCAAACGUUAAAGCUGUGACACCGAUCAGAGAACAUAAUAUAGAGACGAACAGGAAAAUCUCGUUCCAAUUAAUAAUUACAGUUGGGAAAUAUCGGUCCAAGGAACAUUGA